AUGCAUAAAAGGAUAAUUGAAGAAGCAAAUGAAAAUGCAAAUGAACCAACUUCUGAGCCACCAUCCUAUUACGGUUCAAUUUUAAAACAUUCUCUAAAGAAAUUCGAUCAGUUUGGAGAUAUCGAUUCGGAUCAAAAAUUAUUGGGAAUUUCUGAAAUCUUCCAAGACUUUAAUGAACUGAACCAAAAAGGAUUCACUUCAAAUUCAUGGGACGUAAUUGAUCAGAGCAAUGACGUUGAACAAUGA